UUCUUUUUUCAUUUUCUAUAUAUUUUUGGCAACAUAAUCUCAUCUCUGAACUUCUCCUAUAAUAUAAUUCCAGGACAGAAGCGAAUAUGUCGUCGUUUUCCUUUUCAUCAGUUUCUGCAGAUCCGUUUCUCUUCUCUUUUUAUCUCUCAAAUUCCAAGUAAACCCUAGAAAAAAACAAUAUUAUUUCCUUUUGCUUAAGUAAUACUACUUCAUGCAAAUGUCUGGGGAGUUUUUGUGUACAAAUUUUGCUUGAGAGGAUUUUGUGGGGGAGCUAAUGGGUGCUUGUACUUCAAAACCCUCUCUAGAGCCCAGUGAUUCUGGGCGUGAUCGUGAGAGGGGUGAGGGUAAUGGAGCUCCGGCCAAAGAUUCCCCGGAGAGAGUGGAGAUUCCGGGAAAGCAAGUAAAGGAGAAGGGGGGAGUUGAGGCCGGGAAAAAGUCUCCUUUAUUCCCGUUCUAUAGUCCGAGUCCGGCGCACUAUUUGUUCUUCAAAAAAUCUCCGGCGCCGCCCAGCUCCAAUUCUACUCCGAGGAGGUUUUUCCGGCGGCCGUUCCCGCCGCCGUCGCCUGCCAAGCACAUCCGGGCGGUUCUCGCUCGGCGGCAGGGCUCGGUGAAGCCGAAUGAGGCGGCGAUUCCGGAAGGGACGGAGGCGGAGGUGGGGGGAGCUGUGCUGGACAAAAGAUUCGGUUUUUCUAAGCAUUUCGGGAACAAGUAUGAGCUUGGAGAGGAGGUUGGGCGAGGGCAUUUUGGGUAUACUUGUAGAGCUAAGUUCAAGAAGGGUGAGCUUAAAGGCCAAGAUGUUGCAGUUAAGGUCAUUCCCAAAGCAAAGAUGACAACGGCCAUUGCCAUUGAGGAUGUGAGGAGGGAGGUGAAGAUUUUGCGGGCUUUGAAUGGACAUAAUAAUUUAGUUCAGUUCUAUGAUGCAUAUGAAGACCACGAUAAUGUAUACAUUGUAAUGGAGCUUUGUGAAGGAGGGGAGCUUUUGGAUAGAAUACUGUCAAGAGGCGGAAAAUACACUGAAGAUGAUGCCAAAGCGGUGAUGAUACAAAUAUUAAAUGUUGUGGCGUUUUGCCAUCUUCAAGGUGUGGUGCAUCGGGACCUCAAACCUGAGAAUUUCUUAUAUACAUCUAAGGAUGAAAACGCACAACUGAAAGCCAUAGAUUUUGGGCUGUCAGAUUUUGUAAAGCCAGAUGAUAGGCUUAAUGAUAUUGUUGGCAGUGCCUAUUACGUAGCCCCUGAAGUUCUACAUCGAUCUUAUAAUACCGAGGCUGAUGUCUGGAGUAUUGGUGUGAUAGCAUAUAUUCUUCUUUGUGGCAGUCGCCCUUUUUGGGCUCGAACCGAGUCGGGAAUCUUCCGAGCUGUCCUAAAAGCCGAUCCAAGUUUUGAAGAAGAGCCUUGGCCUGCACUUUCUUCCGAGGCAAAAGACUUUGUGAAACGUCUGUUGAACAAAGAUCCACGGAAAAGAAUGACUGCAUCUCAAGCCUUGUGUCAUCCUUGGAUACAGAAAGGGAAUGACGUGAAAGCUCCGUUGGAUAUACUAAUAUUCAAACUCAUGAAAGUUUACAUGAGAUCGUCUGCUCUUAGGAGAGCUGCUUUACGUGCUUUAUCGAGGACAUUAACUGUAGAUGAACUUUUUUAUUUGAGGGCGCAAUUCUCUCUGCUGGAACCAAACAAAAAUGGCACCAUUUGUCUGGAAAAUAUCAAAGCGGCCCUGAUGAAAAAUGCAACGGAUGCCAUGAAAGAUUCACGCAUCCACGAGUUUCUUGCAUUGUUUAAUGCUCUGCAGUACAGGAGGAUGGAUUUCGACGAAUUCUGUGCAGCUACAUUAAGCGUCCAUCAGCUUGAGGCUCUUGACCGAUGGGAACAGCACGCCCGCUGUGCCUAUGAAAUCUUCGAGAAAGACGGGAACAGGGCCAUCGUAAUCGAAGAAUUAGCUUCGGAACUCGGCCUUGGCCCAUCCAUUCCUGUACACGCGGUCCUCCACGACUGGAUCAGACACACCGAUGGAAAGCUCAGCUUCCUCGGGUUCAUCAAACUGUUGCACGGUGUAUCAAGUCGCACUAUCGCAAAACCGCAAUGACACCCGAGGUGCCUUUCUCAGUUCUCUGUGAUGAUUGGUUGGCAAAUAAAAGAACUGAUAAGACAACUAAGAACCCACCGCAUCAUUUAACCAGAAAGUAUAUACUGUGCAGACAUGUUUGAGACCAAAUCCAAGAUUGUGAAUAUCCCUGAUUCCCACCCCAAUUAUUGUCAUAGAACAUAUCAGCAGUGGUGUUUCUUACUGUAAAGACGUAGGUAAUGUGUGUAUAAUUUCAGAAUUAAGAAUGAUCCCUUUGUGUAAACUUCUGGACCCUGAUACAAGUCUCAAAAGUUGAAUAAUUUGGUCAAGAAAUGGUAGAAGAGAUUCAUGAAUCUAAGCCUGAUGAGGUACCUGUUUUGUCGGCAAAAAUUUUGUCAAGAAAAGCUGGCAAUCGCUGUUGGGGAUCAUCAAUCAUUGAAAGGAUGCAUCCAAAUAAACAUUGAGACAGAGACUUGCAGCAGUAGCUGUAUGGUUGGGUGGGAAAAUACUGUGUACUCCCAUUUUGUACACCUAACUUUUAUUCCCUGUUUUCCAAACACAAAAUCUUGAUGCAGACACUUGUAUUGGAAUUCACAUGAAAAAAAUAGCUUAUCAGUAUCCGUCACGUCAGAGAGUGAAAUUUAUGAAGUAAGAUUUGAGAAUCUAUGUAGUAGAACUCGAUUGGGUGUGAU